AUGGUAGAUCGCAGAGCGUCCUCCUUCGUCCAACAUCGCUCUCCGUCCUUAUCGCACUCGACAACCUUGCCUCCUCCGGGGAAACGCAGCGUCAGUGGCAGCGCCAACUCUGGCGCACUCGCUUCCUUCACUCCGAACGACGACUUAGUUCGUGAACCUUCAGAUUCGUCCCUGUCGUUGGCGCAUGCGCUGUCCGGUCCCUCUCCCGCUGUCCAGGACCAAAAUCUCCCCGUGCAUUCCAAACCGAGUCCGCCGGCGCCACAUUGCUACGCUACCGCCAUGUCCAAAUUAGAUCAGAACGCCCUUGAUGCCAAGGAUACGGCUUCCACUGCGCCCAUCUUUACUCCUUCGCCGUUGCUGCCCCAAGAUGGUUCUGCCUGGUCCAUCGGUCGUCCUGGAUCGCUCAGCUGGGCCAAUGAUCUUGGCGCAAGACCACCACUUACAGAGCUCAUCACUGACUCAGCCACGUCGAGCCCGAAUGCAGUCAAGCGUGCUACCGCCAACGACUCAACAGCGAUUGCGAACACAUCCUCCUCUCCCUCUGCCACUGUCAAGGAUGCAGCGGCGACCGCUGAGGAGAGCGACAAGCCAUCAUCAGUCUCGCCCCGCAGCAACAAGAACACAGCCACGACUGUGUCGAAACGUGCGCCGAUUCGCUCCACCACGCUAGAUCCCAAGCACCUCGCAGCAAACAGAAGGCUCAGCGGCGACAGUGACAACGAGCUGCCAUCCGGUCAGGUGGCUGGCGCUGACCAGGACGCAACAUUGACCGACGGCGUCAGCUCGCUCACGAUUGCCACUGACAACAUUGCGGCAUCCAAUUCUGUGCCACAGCAACACGGUUACCAUUCGCCACCCGCGUUCAUGGGUCCUUCUCACCACGCCCCUCAUCCGACCGCCGCGUUCGCUCCACCGCCUUUCAGCCCCGGCGAAGCUUUCAUGCAGCCGUCACCAUAUCUUGCCGGAAGCGGUGCUCGCUCGCCCGACGGAUACAGGCAGGGGUUUGCGAGCGUCGCCAACAUGAUGCCUGGCAUGGCGCCGAUCGACAUGUCUGGCUACGAAUCGUACCGUACCACGCCCGACCCUUACGCGCCCACGAUGCCAGGACGUGCGAUCUUUGCAUCUCCCGGCUCACAGGGCUCCACGCCACAGAGCCCUUCGUUCGGACCGACGCCGCUCGGAGCGCCGUUCAACCCAGCAAUGCGCAACGGGGAAGCGCUCUUCUACCCUGGCGUAGUUGCGGGAUUCGGCCCUCCACCCACCAUGGGCGGAGGUGUGGGUUCGGGCGUGCGUCCAGGUAUGGCGCCAGCGCCUGGGCAGUACGGUUUUGGUCCGGCGCAGGGAGGCGUCGAUGUACGUUCGUCGCAUCUCGUACAGUCGCCCAUGAUGGCUCCGGGGAUGCCGAUGCCGAUGCCAAUGCCGAUGGCUGUAGGAGUGGGAAUGGGAAUGGGAGCGAUCAUGUUGCCACCAACGAGUUCUCCGAUCAACGCUUCGGCAAUGAGUUCCGGUGCGCCUGACAGUCGCAGCUCGCCAAGUAUCUCGCAGUCGUCGGCGUACGCAUCAGCACCGCACCGUAGGAUUGGCUCGUCGGGCGCCGAGCCGUUCGGUCCCGGUGCGAGCAUGUCACCACCAGCUGCGUUUGGGAUGAGCGGACAAGCGGGCGCAUUCGUGCCUGGUCAAGCCGCGAUGCAUGGCAUGCUGGCUGGUGUACCGAUGCACGCUUCCAUGAUUCCAUGGAAUGCGCGCUUCCACGAUCAUGGUCGUGUGGCUACCGGUCCAGGCAGUGUGAUGGCUCCGGUUGCAGGAUACACACCGAUCGACGCGCACUACGCGCGCAACGGUGCGACAUUCUACAGCGCUGCACCGUUCCACGCAGUCGGAGCGAACGGCAUGGUCGGUGGCAGUAGCGGCGGAAACAUCAACGGCGGAGUGGCGGGUGGUUCGCGUAGUGCGCUUCUGGAAGAGUUCCGGAGUCGUCACGCGAAAAACCGCAAGUUUGAGCUUGCAGAUAUACGCGGUAGCGUAGUGGAGUUCAGUGGCGAUCAGCACGGGAGUCGGUUUAUCCAAGAGAAACUGGAUUGCGCGUCGGCGGAAGAGAGGAAGGCGGUGUUCGAGGAGGUGUUGCCACAUGCACGUCAACUGAUGACCGACGUGUUUGGGAAUUACGUGAUGCAGAAGAUGCUGGAACAUGGCGAUGACGAGCAGCGCGAGCGAUUGGGACGCGAGAUGGAGGGACAUGUGCUGUCGCUCUCGCUCGGAACGUAUGGUUGUCGCGUAGUUCAAAAGGCGUUGGAUCAUGUCUCGGGAGCGCAACGCGAGAAAUUCGCGUUGGAACUCGACCGACAUCUGAUGGAGUGUGUUCGCGAUCAGAACGCAAACCACGUAGUUCAGAAGGUGAUCGAGCGUGUGGAUGCGUCCAAGAUCGGGUUUAUCGCGCAGGCGUUUGUUGGCAAAGUGUCGGUGCUGGCGUCGCACUGUUACUCGUGUCGCGUGCUCCAACGUGUCUUGGAGCACUGUAGCGAUGUGGACGUACGUCCGUUGCUCGAAGAGCUGCAUGCGGACAUGCUCGCAUUGAUGCAGCAUCAGUAUGCCAACUAUGUUGUGCAGUGGGUGCUACAGCGCGGACACGUGCACGAUCGCCAACGCGUGAUAGCCAAGAUCAAAGGCUGCGUACUGCGCUUGUCCACACACAAGUUUGCCUCGAACGUGGUCGAGCAAGCGCUCAAAAUCGCGGCUCGCUCCGACCUCCAUGAUUUGGUCCAGGAGAUCCUGACCCCCACACCGCCCCUGGUCGCCCCUGCCGUCCGCAUGAUGAACGACCAGUAUGCCAACUACGUCCUCCAGCGCUUCCUCGAGUGCGCAACUCCACACCACAGAGCUGCGCUCGUCCAGCUCCUCGAACCCUCACUACUGCUCGCUAGACGCUCCAUCGCUCCCUCCACGCCGUCUGCCGUCCAUGCGCCAAAACACCUCGUCGCCAUCGAACGCCUUAUCGACAGCUUCAACUCUCACCCCGACGCGUAG